AACUAGCAAAUUAUAGAAAUAACACACUACUGUAUUGCGUUGAUCCAAAUCCGAGUUGAAGAUCAGACUUGCCGCGAGGGAAUGCGAACCAGGGAUACUGGCAAAAAAGCGGAUGUAUUAGAUCAGAUAUUGGAGGCGUUUAGGGAUUUACAAUGAAUGUACAGAACGAAUAUAUUAAUAUUCCGUAAAUGGCGAAAUUACGGGCAUAUAUAAAAGCUGAUGUUGAAAAACAUGCACAAAAACGAUUGCGAGUUUCCUUGGAUUGUUCUACUGAAAAUUAGUAGACCUUUUGCCUUGUAGUCUGAUAUUGGAUUUCUCCAUGUUUCUUAAAUCUACUUUUGGAUAGACUUAGCUUGCAAAUGAUAGUUUCAUGAGGAUUCAGGAUUCACGACGUAGAUCACUGUGAAGUAGUUGGGGAGUUAACACUUGUAAAGAUAGCAUCAAGUUAUUUUUGCGGAACAUAUACGUCAUUGUCCAGUUUUAUUUCAUGUUCAACUGCAGCGAUGUGAUAUUGCAAGAUAUUCUAUAUUGCGUUGAUGGAAAAGAAAAAUAACGUGCCACUUAUCAAAAGAUGAUGUAAACGCUGUAUAAAUUGGUGUAAACAAACCAAUUACUGGGGUAACAUUAAAGUGCAUGAACUUUGAAAACAGAAUGUAGUUGAACAGCAUUGAGAAUAUCUGAUUGUUGUACCAUGCAUGUAUAAUAACGUGGAGUGAACAAUAUGGAUACACAAAUAGUCGAGCAGAGCCAAACGGUCCUAGAGCCGAUAGACACUAGAGUCCCGAGGGAUGUUCAGUUAAGGAAUCACCAUAUCGACCCUAAGGUUUAUAAAGAGGUGCUCAGGAGACGUAGGAAGGAACAAGCCUGGGACUGCUGCAAGAAAUUCACAUCAUUCUUAUUUUCUCAUAUCGGGCUAUGCGGCCUUGUGGUGGUGUACACCAUCAUGGGGGGCUUCCUCUUUGAGGCGCUCGAGUCUCCGCAUGAGAUAAAGGAAAAACACAAGAUGACGCAAAGUAGGAACACGUCACUGGAAGAGAUUUGGAAUCUAGCGCUACAGUUACGAGAGAAGAAAAAUAUUGAAUAUAUAGAGGAUGAAAAACGUAUAUUUGUCUCAAACUUAAGUGUUAUCAUACGUGAUUUCCAGGUACUGGUAUAUACAGCUGCCAAGGAGGGCGGUUGGGACGGUAACGACGACAAGAGGGUCUUGCAGUGGUCCUACGCCGGAGCACUAUUAUACAGCAUAACUGUCAUAACAACAAUAGGCUAUGGUCACAUCGCUCCCAAAACAAAGGCUGGCAGGUUGAUCACGCUCAUAUACGCCCUUGUAGGGAUACCUCUGACAUUUCUCUACCUCAGCAACAUUGGUCGCUUCCUCUCCCAUUGUUUUAAGAUCUUUUACAAGAAGAUAUGCUGUGGUGUAUUCUGCUUGUUAUGCAAAGGAAGGUGCUUGGGCCGGGGCAAACAUAAGGAGCAUAAUGGUAUCCCAAAUAUCAAAUAUAUCCCCGAAGAACAGAAAGUCAUCGAGGUUUAUGAAGAGGAGGAAGGAGACGAUAACAUCCGGGUACCAGUGUCUGUGUGUCUCAUUCUCAUGACAGGUUAUAUUAUAGGUGGCGCUUGGUUAUUCUCACAUUGGGAAGAUUGGGAUUUUUUAACUGGGAGUUAUUUUUGUUUUAUAACUCUAACGACUAUAGGGUUUGGAGACAUAGUUCCAGGCACAGAAACAGACUCUUGGGCAGUAAAGGAGAAACUUGUUCUGUGUGCAAUGUAUUUAAUUCUUGGAUUAUCACUGCUAGCCAUGUGUUUUAACCUGAUGCAAGAAGAAGUAAAGGAAAAAUGUAAAUGGCUUGGCAUGAAAAUAGGCUUAUUCCCUGACCCGGAUAAGGAAUCACAAGUGUGACGUCAUAUCUUAAUCGAAUACACGCAUUUACAACAUCUAAUAAAAAAUUUAAAAUGUAUGUGUCCAUGUAUCAACCAACAUAGCGUCGUUGGAGAUCAAUUCGGAUUUGAUUGAUUCGACACCAUUCAACACGUGGGAUGCUAUGUUGAAGAAAAUGGGUGUACUGUAUUUGUGAUCCAUGCUAGACAGGCUUUAGAACAAGGCAUUCCAUGCCAUACAGGUCGAUACAUGUAUUGCUAUAUAUCGUGUGUCGCAAAACGCGAGACACCUCUUGACAAGUGUUUUCUUUGCAAU